AUCUUUCCUGGCGGUGCCAGGUGUGUUCAAACCUGUAGCAGACAAACGUUUAGCAGAUGUCUCUCCACUCACUCACUACCGGGAGGAUCUGAGCUGCGCAAACAGCCAACCCGGUGAAGGCUGCUCCCAGCCUGCCCACAGGUAUGAGGGAUCCUCACCGACGCGCGACGCUUCAGACGCUCCUCAACCCACCGGAAAGUGCGUGAUUAUUAUUUUUCCGUCUCCGAUUCUGACUUAUUAAAGCAGCCAAUCGAAGCGCGGACGCCUGUUUUCUUAUCAUCCAUCCCGACGUUUUCAAUUCUCUAUCUUUACGCACAAGACGCGGUUGGAAUCACUACGGGAGAAACCGGAGCCCUUUGACGCAUCAGCAUCAGAGCAGCAGGUGACCAUCAGAAAUGUCAAGAGGAUGAAAUCCCCCGCAGGUCGACAGAAUAACUCCUGGGGGUCAAUCAGGCUGCGUCACUUCACGCUCAUUUAACAACAAACGCAAAGGAGCCUCCCGUCACUUUUGAUUCUUUAUUUCUCCGAUAAAAGGAGAAGCGAUCAUGUCCAGAACACUGAAGAAGAAGAAACACUGGUCCAGCAAAGUGGUGGAGUGCGCGGUGUCAUGGGGGAACCUGGAGGACUUCGGCUCCAUGGUGGAGAUCCUGGGAGGAGCGGAGCUCGGACAGUUCCCCUACAUCGGCCAGAUGAAGCUGGACGUGCUGGUGUGUCACGUCGGGAAGCUGCCCUACUACGGGGACGUCCUGCUGGAGGUGAACGGCACGCCCGUCAGCGGGCUCACCAACCGGGACACCCUGGCGGUCAUCCGCCACUUUCGGGAGCCGAUUCGCUUGAAGACCGUCAAACCAGGUAAAGUGUUGAACACAGACCUGCGCCACUACCUCAGUCUGCAGUUUCAGAAGGGCUCUCUCGACCACAAACUCCAGCAGAUCAUACGAGACAACCUCUACCUACGCACCAUACCCUGUACCACACGGCUUCCUCGAGAGGGGGAGGUGCCAGGAGUGGAUUACAACUUCAUCAGUGUUGGAGACUUCAGGAUCCUGGAGGAAAGUGGACUCCUUUUGGAGAGUGGGACCUAUGAUGGUAACUACUAUGGGACCCCAAAGCCGCCUGCAGAGCCCAAUCUGGUGCAGCCUGACCUGGUGGAUCAGGUGCUGUUUGAUGAGGAUUUCCACAGUGAAGUCCCCAGGAAGCGGACCACCUCAGUCAGUAAGAUGGAUAGGAAGGAUAGCGCCGUACCUGAGGAGGAGGAUGAUGAUGAGAGGCCCCCGCUGGUCAAUGGAUUGCCCGAGCACAAAGACUGGAGGAAAACAGUGCCCAGCUACACUCAGUCCAGCAGCACCAUGGACUUCCGUACAUGGAGCUCUCUUCCCCGCGAUGACAGCCUGGAGCCCCUGCCUUACAACUGGGAGAUGGCUUACACCGAGACUGGCAUGGUCUACUUCAUAGAUCACAAUACGAAAACAACUACAUGGUUGGACCCCCGCUUAGCAAAGAAGGCAAAGCCCCCAGAGAAGUGCGAGGAUGGCGAGUUACCCUACGGCUGGGAGGAAAUUGAUGAUCCACAAUACGGCACAUACUAUGUGGACCACAUCAAUCAGAGGACCCAGUUUGAAAACCCAGUCCUGGAGGCAAAGAAGAAGCUAAACAAAGACACGACUGCAAUCAAGCAAGCUGCAGCUGCACCAUCUCAAGGUAAAGGGAGUAUGCUCGGCUUCACUGCAGACCCCAACCAGCUGAAGGGGGAGAUGUACCACACAGCUCUGAAAAAAAGCUCACAAGGCUUUGGAUUUACUAUCAUAGGAGGAGACCGCACAGAUGAGUUUCUCCAGGUGAAAAAUGUGCUGAGUGAUGGCCCUGCAGCACAGGACAACAAGAUGGCAUCUGGGGAUGUGAUUGUUGAAAUUAAUGGGACAUGUGUGCUGGGAAAGACUCAUCCAGAGGUGGUGCAGAUGUUUCAGUCCAUCCCCAUCAACCAAUACGUGGACAUGGUUCUUUGCCGUGGGUACCCACUUCCUCCGGAUGUAGAUCUAGAAAGCGACGACCCUCUACCCCCUCCUCCUCCUCCACCAGCCACCCAGCCUCUCCAUGGUGGGGAAGUGGUGACAGCUGUGCCGCUCAUUAAUGGCCAACCCCUGCUAGUGAAAGGUGAUGUCCUACAUGGCUCAUCACAGGAACUUCACUACGUAACAACAGACGCCAGCGGUCGGCCUGUCGUAGCUGCUUUGCCCAAUGGGAGGCAGCCUGAGCAGGGGCAGGGCGCCACGGGUAUGCUGCAGCCCGAGCUGGUGAGUGUCCCACUGGUGAAAGGGCCUGGAGGAUUUGGGUUUGCCAUUGCAGACUGUCCUCUGGGGCAGAAGGUGAAGAUGAUCCUAGAUGCCCAAUGGUGCCGUGGGCUUCAAAAAGGAGAUGUUAUCAAGGAGAUCAACAGACAAAAUGUCCAAACCCUUAGUCACGCACAGGUGGUGGACAUCCUGAAAGAAUUUCCUGUGGGCAGUGAGGUCAACGUGCUGGUACUGAGAGGAGGUCAGACAUCUCCUGUGAAAUCUUUGAAGCCUCGGCAAGAAAUGACGUCCAGCACAGAGACUUUAGACGCCAUUGCAGAUGCGACUCCCCAGGCUUUGCCUUACCAUUCGAACACGAGCACCCUGCGCUCCUCUGACUCCCCCAAGCGAGAGGCCUCAGAGAUGUACCUGAAGUCCAAAGCCCUGCUGGAGAGCAGGCAGCCUCACACCAAAGACAUAGAUGUUUUUCUGAAGAGAGACAUUGAAACGGGCUUCGGGUUUCGAGUUCUGGGAGGAGAAGGUCCACAACAGCCAAAUGUGUUUCCCCAGGUUUACAUCGGGGCCAUCGUGCCCAAUGGAGCUGCUGAGAAGGAUGGUCGCCUCAGAGCCGGAGAUGAGCUGAUUGGCAUCGACGGAGUGAUGGUCAAAGGUCGCUCACACAAGCAGGUGUUGGACCUCAUGACCAAUGCGGCUCGUAACGGUCAAGUCAUGCUGACUGUUCGUCGAAAGGUCAUCUACAGAGAAGCAACGGAUGAAGAAAUUCAGGAAAUGGCUCCUGUGUUGGUGAACGGUUCUCCAAAGCUACCUCGCCUACCUAUGCCCAGCGCACUGGAUCACGAGUCCUUCGAUAUCACACUCCACCGCAGGGAGAAUGAGGGUUUUGGCUUUGUCAUCCUCACAUCCAAGAGCAAACCCCCAUAUGGAGUUAUCCCUCACAAAAUUGGCCGUAUCAUUGAAGGGAGUCCGACUGAUCGCUGCGGCCUGCUCCAUGUUGGAGAUCGUAUCUCUGCAGUCAAUGGCCGCUCCAUCAUUGAGCUCUCUCACAAUGACAUUGUUCAGCUUAUCAAAGAAGCUGGCACUGUUGUCACCCUCACCGUGGUUCCUGAGGAUGAGUACAAGGGCCCCCCAUCAGGAGCAAGUUCUGCUAAACAGAGUCCAGCUCUUCAACACAGGGCCAUUGGACAAAGGUCAGCUCUGCAAGAUGAACGUUUUAACCUGGAUUUGGAGGACAAAAGGGAUGCAGUCAACUGGUCUGACCAUAAAACUCUUCCACCUGGUGAGGUGGGGACACUGUGUGUGACAGGACCCAAUCAGGGUUGUCUGACUGUGGAGCUGGAGAGAGGUCCCGUAGGCUUUGGUUUUAGUUUGCGCGGGGGAACCGAGUACAACAUGGGCUUGUAUAUCCUGAGGCUCGCUGAAGACGGACCAGCUGAGCAGGAUGGGAGAAUCCAUGUUGGUGAUGAGAUAGUGGAGAUUAAUGGAGAGCCGGCUCGUGGUAUUUCCCAUACACGGGCGAUUGAUCUGAUUCAAGCUGGAGGAAACAAAGUAGUCCUGCUGCUGCGACCCGGAGCAGGUCUGGCCCAGGAUGGAAAUCGACGUCAUCAAAAACUCAUUUCACCCACAGGCUUUUCUGAGGAGGUGUUCUUUUCUGGCACAUCACCUCAGUCCUCCCCUCAUCCCACGGGGGCCUCCGUUUUUAUUUCCUCAACUUUAUCUAGAAAACUGAAACAUUCCCGAAAUGGGAGCACUAAAUCCCUGCGAGGCCAUGAGCCCCGUCACAGCAGGGGUUUGGACUCACUGGAGGAGAGUGAUGAGUGGACAGAAAAGAAGAUCAACCAGCUCUCUCCCCUUCUUUAUGAUCAAAAGAAGUUCUCCCAGAGAAGCAGGUCUACAAAUGACUCAAGAGAGCUAAGCAGUCCAAAGAUAACAGAGGAGACUUUUCCUAAAGCCAAAGAGCAACAUCAGAGUCCCCAAAAGACUGAGAGUCAUGCAGAGGAAGCAACACUGAGCAGGAGCAAAAUCCCUCAGAUGAGUAAUACAAAAAUUCAAACUGUGAACCAGGAGAAGGCUCCAAUCCAGCAUCAAGCGCUAUCAAGCCUGAAGCAGACGGAGCAUCAACAAGGGCAUCACUGGAGAUUAAAGGACUCUUCCAGCAGAGAGAGCUUAGGUAAUGAAAAUAAAAGUGGUGAGAAGGGAACUCCUCAGAUCAGAAGAUACACGCUAGGAAGUGAGAAAAGAAUGAGGCCAGGCCUUGAGCAAGAAAGCUUUAAAAGAAGAGAGGGAGGGUUUGCCCGCCACAGGACGCAGUCUGUUACGGUAAGGGAGAGUGAAACAAGUAGAAACAAAGACUCUGAGCUCAGAGCAGUUAAUGGCAACCCUGCAGAAAACAAGAGAAAAACUAAAGACACUGCUAACAAAAGAGACUCGUUGUCAUUUUUCAAAGAUAUGUGGAGCAGAAAAGACUCUGUAGAUUCAGCACAGGAGACAAAAGGAAGAGAACCUAAAUCCUCCAAAUUCAAAAAACAGCAUAAUAAAGAGGACUUUGUGGCCUCUACAGACAGUAUUCCAGGGACCACCCAGAGACAAAAGGGAUUUUUUGGCCCUGGUCCUUGGAAAGUACCAAGCUCUGCCAAAAUCCUUACUAAAGCUGAAGUCCUUCGUGACCCUCUGUAACAGAACAUUAAAUCACCUAGACAUAAACUGUGCCAUUGAAUCGUCACAAUAUCAACAGAGUAGAGCAUUCUUUUUCAGAGAUCUUCCACGAAUAGAGAUGUGCAACAUGCUGACCAUUUUAAUCAUCUUUAGGUUGAGGUCAGAUUUAUAUUUUGGGAGUAGAAUGAUAUCACAUUUUACAUGUAGCACUUCCCUCUGCCUUGUUUGCUGCUUCAGCAUCUUCGGUGUGGAACUUCAGCACAUGCGGCACGCUCGGGGCCUUGUCAGAACUAGACAUCUUAAAAUGUGAAAAUGUGCCAAUCCUGGGAGUCUCCUGUCGGACAAUGACCACAAUUUCCACCCAUAGCAAUGCAAUGACUCUUAUGCAAACAAAGGAGCGAGGCCCUGCCUUUGAUUUGUAGUUAACUUCCCACAUGGCUGUCAAAAGGAUUAAUUUUGCCUCAUUGGGAGACAUGUAGACUUUUUUUUUUUUUUACUUACAGGCUUGCUUAACUGCAUGCUGUUAGUCCUUGAUUUUGUUUACUGCACGUGUUCUGCACAUCACCCAGGUUAAACCGCUUCCUAGUUUAUAAUUCUCAUUCUUAGCACUGGGUGAGUUGAAAGAGUGGUGUCAAAGUGUUUACUCUAAUGGUUACUUCUGACUGUUUCGGAGGAUUUUGUCAAGACACUCCUUCAGCAUCAUUAAAAAAAGACCAGAAACUUGUGGUUUCAUAUCUUGUUUACCAUGUGUAAAAUAACAGAGGCUGUAAUAUAUUGAGAUAA